AUGAGUGAAACUGAAGCAUUUCAAGACUUUGUAACAACCUUGGAAUCAUUUAAAGAAUUAAAAUCCGGUAUUUCGGGUUCACGUAUUAAGAAAUUAACAACUUAUGCACUUGAUCAUAUCGAAGAAGGUGAAAAAUUGAUAUCCCUAAUUAUAAAUUAUUCAAAAACUUGUCAAGAUUCUCACAAAUUAGGUUCUUUAUAUAUUAUUGACUCGAUUGGUAGAGCCUAUCUAGAUGAAGCAAGAUCCAAAAGUGAAUCGAUCGAAUCAUCUUCUCCUUCUGGUACUUUUGGUCAUUCGCUUUACGUUUUAACUAAUGCAAUUGAAGAUUUAUUGGCCGAAGCAAUUGCUAAAAGUAAUAGUGAUCAUAAAGAUAAGAUACGUGUUCUUGUAGAUAUUUGGGAUAGAUCAGGAUUAUUCCCAAAGGAAAUAAUAAAUUCGAUUAGAAAUAAAUACAUUUCACCUGCAUCUGCAUCUGUAGCCGCAUCCGUAUCAUCAGAAGACAAUAAUUCAUCCAAAGAAUCUAUCGAUAAAACUCCUGAACCUCUACCAGAAGACCCACGGGAAAGAUGUAUUAAAAUUUUAGAAAAUAUAAAACCAUUGCCUUUUCUACCUAAAAUUGAAAUUUCAGAUAAAUUAUCUUCAGAAAAUAUCUCAGAUCAACAGUUCGCUUUAUUCCAGAUUUUAACAGGCUUACAACAAAAUAAAGAUUUCCUAAAACAGAACGUCAAAGUCGAUUCUAAAACAAUAUCCUCACCUUCACAACAGGAUCAAAGACAACUGUCUGAUCAACCUUCACAACAAUCUCAACAUGUUACUACUGAAUAUGGUAGCAGAAGAGAUCGCGAAAGAGAAAGAGAAAGAUACUCUUCAAAGAGAACAAGAUCAAGAUCGCCUCCAAGAAGAUCUCGCGAUCACAGUCAUAAUUACUCUCAUGAAUACAUGGGCAGUGGUUCAAAUUCAAGCACCCAAAGUAGUAACAUGGCUACAAAUAAUCAUCACUUAUACCCAGAUGAAGUUAACGUUCCAAGUAAUUCUCAUUAUAGACCAAAACCUGUCAGUUACGAUCCUAAUUUACCUCGUGAUACUGUUAAAGUGUUGAGUCGUACUUUAUUUAUUGGUGGUGUUCCAUUAAACAUGAAAGAAUGGGAUAUUGCAAGCAUAUUAAGACCUUAUGCAGAAGUUCAAAGCGUUAUUUUAAAUAAUGCCAGAAAACAUGCAUUUGUUAAAGUAUAUUCAAGACGUGAAGCAGAAUAUGCUUUAAUGAAUUUUAACAAGGAUGGUUCAUCUCCACUAAGAACACGUUGGGGUGUAGGUUUCGGUCCAAGAGACUGUUGUGAUUAUCAACAUGGUUUCAGUAUAAUUCCAAUGCAUAGAUUGACUGAUGCUGAUAAAAAAUGGUCAGUAAGCGCCCAGUGGGGUGGUACCAGUGGAGAGCCUCUAGUCCCAGGUAUUUGUUUUGAAGAACCAGAUAUCGUUGUUGGUGAAGGUGUCUCAUCAAAAGCCAUUUCACAAAAGAUGCCAACAGAUUCAAAUAGAAAUGGACCAAGAUCUGGUAAGGGCGAAAUGGUACCAACUCAAAACGUUCCACAAUACGGCGCUUACCCUCCAGAGCAAAGGUAUUCAGGUUAUCCACCACAACAAAACAUGGGAUAUAAUCAACCAAUGCCACAACAGGGUGUAGAUGAAUACCAACAACCUCCACCUCCUCUACCUCCUCAACAACAGCAACAGCAACCACAACAAUCAUUUGAUCCAACUGCUCAUUUGAACUCAUUAAUGAGCAUGUUGAACCAACAACAACGUUAA